AUGCAACCAGUUGAAGAGUGGAGCUCCCUUCUCAUCCAUAAACCUGCGAAGAUGAAGGACCGUCUUGGAUUCAAAAUUGUGCUCUGCUCUGCGGUUUUCAUGAUUCUAACACAAAACAGAGCUUUUGCAGACUUUGACAGCGAGUCCCAUGGGGUUAACUCAGAAUCACUAGUAGAAGAAGAAUGGGAGAUGGUGCAGCGGAAAGGGAUGCAAUUCACCCUAAACGGACAACCCUUUUACGUGAAUGGCUUCAACACAUACUGGAUGAUGACUCUUGCAGCUGACAAUUCCACCAGAGGCAAAGUGACGGAAGUGUUCCAGCAAGCCUCUGCGGUUGGACUGACCGUAGGCAGGACAUGGGCUUUCAACGACGGCCAAUGGAGAGCUCUCCAGACAUCUCCUUCUGUUUACGAUGAAGAUGUCUUCAAGGCCCUAGACUUCGUGGUGAGCGAGGCCAGAAAGUACAAGAUCAGACUUAUACUGUCAUUGGUCAACAACUGGGACGCAUAUGGAGGCAAAGCUCAGUACGUUAAAUGGGGCAAGGCCUCCGGCCUUAAUCUCACCUCCGAUGACGACUUCUUCACCAACCCCACCCUCAGAGACUUCUACAAAUCCCAUGUCCGGACGGUGCUGAAUAGAGUGAACACCUUCACAAACAUCAGUUACAAGAACGACCCCACAAUCUUUGCCUGGGAACUCAUGAAUGAGCCACGUUGCCCCUCUGAUCCCUCCGGGGACAAUUUCCAGUCUUGGAUACAAGAGAUGGCGGUGUUCGUGAAGAGCUUAGACGCUAAACAUUUGGUGGAGAUUGGACUUGAAGGCUUCUAUGGUCCCUCUGCCUCAGCGCGAACCAGAUUCAAUCCCAACUCCUACGCUGCACAAGUCGGAACCGACUUCAUAAGAAAUAAUCAGGUUCUUGGCAUCGAUUUUGCUACGGCUCACAUCUAUCCAGAUUCCUGGAUAUCUCAGGCAGUAUCAGAUUCUUUCCUGGAAUUCACUAGCUCGUGGAUGCAAGCUCAUGUGGAGGACGCAGAGACGUUUUUGGGAAUGCCGGUUCUGUUCGCAGAGUUUGGUGUGUCUGCACAUGACCCUGGUUUCAACACGUCUUUCCGUGAUAUGAUGUUGGAUACAGUUUACAAGAUGACCCUUAACUCAACAAGGAAAGGAGGGGCUGGUGCCGGGAGUCUGGUGUGGCAGGUCUUCCCUCAGGGAGCAGAAUUCAUGGAUGAUGGCUACGCAGUUUACCUCACAAGAGCUCACACCGCUUCAAAGAUCAUAUCUCUGCAGUCAAAGCGACUCGCCCUCUUCAACUCCUUGUGUGGCUGGAGAUGCAAGUGGGGUUGCAAGAAAAAGAAUCACACUGCUCUCGAUGCCCUCCUCUCGCACAACGAGCUUAAGUAUUAA